CAUCUGCGCCAAACCAAUGCAAAUGAAAAAGCAAAACACGUUGAUGGGCACCUGAACUGAUCUGAUUGUUGUCGGUGUUGCUGUUGUUAAAGGCCUCCUUGUUUGUCCAUCCACCCCCAAGACGACCUUGCUAGCCAAGAAGCAUUUGACGCGGCAAGAGAUUCGACUCCAGCAUUGCUUCUGAUAUCCUAUUGAAUUCAUUCCAAUCAACUCGAGGCACCACGCUGCUCCUCUCACCUUUCCACGCGCUACUACCAAGACCAGUACAUCAUCUACCACACACUUACUUGACUUGACUUGACUUGAGAGAGUCUUGUUCACACACACGACGCAACAACACAUCCACACACACACACACACACACACACAGAAUGUCAUCAUCACUGUGUGGAGAUUCAAUAGGGUCUCGAAGAGCCCUGUUAGCGGCACUGUGGUCGUUGGUUUCAAUAUUAACAGCGAUCGCUUUUUUGACCGCGCUCACAUUCACACUGAGUGCACGCAAUCUGUAUAACAAUGACAACGAUGAAUACAAUUACUACAACAACAACAACAAUGAACAGGAACGAGAAGGCGAGGAAGAAUAUGACCCGGAAGUGGCAGUGACGUCCCGUGCCAUGGCAUUUGCCGCUCUCUGGACGGCCGUACUGGCAUCCCUCUUGAAUGUCUUUGGAACUGUAGUGCUGGGAUGGCAAUCACCCACGGGACAAUACUACACUUGCUGUUCCAGCAAUGUUCAUCGAACGACACCGCUGAGUUUGGGAUCCUUCAUUGGAGCACUCAUUAUGUUUGCCAACUUGACAUUGGUCUGUUCGGUUCUCUUUGGAGAAUUUGAGAUCCGAGACUACCAAAGAGAAGCAAACAGAGAAGGAGAAGAAAAUGAAUAUAGCAACAACUCGGCAAGAGACACCGCCAUGGAACGAUCCUCCAUGGCAUUCUCCAUCAUGUGCAUGUUCUUGACUGUAUUAUACGCAGGAUUCGCCGCCCUGACGUUUUCAUUCUCACAUAGCAUCAUUGAGGAGCAUGCUGCCGAUGAACGCGAGGAAGCACUCACCAUGGCACAUCACACCAACUAUACACAACACAAAAUGACACCACAUCAUCAUAUGGGCUACAACAGCAAUGGAUACGAUGGUUAUAUUGGGGAACGAUUCGAUGUCCAUCGAUCAAGAGGGCCAAACACCGGUGGGGUCGGAUUUGUGCCCAAGGGGGGAGAUGUCUCCGCACUGACAUAGCGCGCCAGAUACAAAACAACCUCCUUCCCUCUUUGUUUUCACUAUAUCUCCUCUUCCCAUUCUCCCUCCCCAACCAACUCAACUUGACAUGGUACAUGUGUGUUUACACGUCACUUUUUCAAGCUCCAGCAGCUGGAGAAAGAUCCCAUGUGUUCCUACGUUCCAAGUCGCUCUGCAUAAACCUCAACGUCCCACCAACCAACAGGUUCAUCAGCCUUUCACCACACUGCACACUACACAAACUUCCUCCUUUCUACUCUAGAUCACAAUGCAAGAUGAAUCGAUAAUCAUCAUUAUGCUGCAAUAAUGAUGCAUGAAAUGACCCUAGCAGCUACAACAACACGGUACUACCACUGCUUCUACCACCACCAACGCUUAACCCUUUGGUAGGCGUACGUAGCAAGUAAACACUUUUUUGUUGCCUAUGCAACAAGAACACACACACAACACAGCAUGUUAAACACAGAACUGGAGUCGACUGCAAAUGGUUUGGGACCAUUGGAGUCAUUCAUUUACUGCUGUAGACUUGCCGGUGUGAACCAACCAACCUUAGCUCUCUGUAUGUAGAAUUGAGUCCUACUAUAAUUGGCUAGCUAGUAACGAUUUCCUUCGCUUUC